AUGUCUCAACUCCGCUACUAUAUCAUAGACGUCUUCUCAUCCAUUGCCUACCAAGGUAAUCCCCUCGCAGUGGUAGACACCACAUGCGUCACACUUAGCUCCACCCAGAUGAAACUACUUACACGACAAUUCAAUCUAUCUGAGACAACUUUCAUCUGCCCCCCAGCAGACCCAAAAGCGACCUGGCGUCUGCGAUCGUUUCUGCCCAACGGAGUGGAAGUUUUCGGAGCUGGUCACAACUCGCUCGGUGCUUGGUGGUGGAUUGCGGAUUCGGGACUUUUGGGAGACAUCGCAAAAGACACGGAAUCAGGUCGGACCUACUUUCAACAACUAGGCAACAAUGUCCUACCGGUAGAUGUAUCACAAUCAAAGCUAGGAGAACUUGUCAUCUCGAUGGGACAGGCAAAACCGGAAUUCUUAAAUCAGCAUACCAACCAUGAUUCCCUUGCUACAUCUCUUGGGAUCAAGGCCUGUGAUAUUGGCCUAAGAUACUCGGAUAUUAGACUCGACCGGGCAAUGGUGGUUACCACUUCACCUGCUCGUCAUCUCUUGGUUCCGGUUCGAAGCAUCAAAGUCCUGAAAUGUGUCAAAUUUGCCGACAUAGAGGGAAUUUCAAAGGAGCUUGCUAGCACCGACAGCCAUAACAGCGGGAUAUAUGUUUUCGCAUUUGCAGAAAAUGGGUGCGAGCCGGAGAAUCCAAGAUUCGAGGCCCGGUUUUUCAGUCCGGGAAUGUCAAUGGAAGACCCGGCCACGGGUUCGGCUGCUGGGCCUUUGGCUGCUUACUUGUGGGACAACAAAGUUCUGACUUCUGUGGAGAAUGGAGUCUCUCGGGUUGAAGUCCUGCAGGGUAUAGAGACUGGGAGGAGGUGUCUAAUGAAUCUCAGCGUUGAGCCGAAUAAAGAAGAUUCGGUGUGCAUCACGAUUUCCGGAACUGGUGUGCUGGUUGCAAAUGGAAAUAUCAUGAUUCCUAGUUCUGAGCUUUCUUUUUCAGGAGGCCUUCCAUGA